CCCUAUACUGUAAGUGGGACAAGCUUCAUGAUACCGUCAAACACAGCCCGUAUGACAUGCUCAAUUUCAACUUAUAAUUGAAACUACUUAAUUUCUCAAAUAAUUCAAAGCGAAUUAUAACCUCUAUAUUUGCAAUCAAGUUUCAUAUCGGGAAGUAUUUUCGUCUUAUAAUCAAAUUGAGAUAUCCCAAUCUAAAACAAUGGCUGGUGACCCCAACAAGAGGUCAUACCUCUCACUAAUACAAACAUUCGACAAUUUCCCAUAUGACAUUGUACCCUCAGAGGAAUAUUACCUCUUAUAUCUACCCAAUGACAAGCAACCACAUGGAUAUCUACUUCCCGAGACAGUCGAGAAGAUGCCCUGGACUUCGGACUUUCUAAUUGACCACACAAGCCACAAGAGAAGCGUCAACGUCAUAAACUCCUCGGACGGCAAAGACACAGCCAAUGCCAUCAAUGUGGCGUUCGCCAAGCUGAUCAAUAUAUGCAUCGAGAGAGACAUCUUCCACAUCAUAGCCGGGGUGCACAGCGAGCCUUUCUCCAUCGUUAGUGCACAGUAUCCCGUGCAUAUGGAGCGGUUCGCUUCUGCGCUUUUCGGUAUUACUAGUCGGGGCUCGUACAUAACGGCGUACACUAAGGCGGCCGAUGGUACACUGAAAUUAUGGAUUGGUAGGAGAGCAGCGCAUCUGUACACAAGCCCCGGCAUGCUCGAUGGAACGGUGGCGGGCGGGAUAAAAGCGGGCUCUACACCCCUCGAUACCGCCAUCCACGAAGCCGACGAAGAGGCUUCGCUGCCGGAAGCACUGGUGCGCAAGCAUAUACGGCCCGUCGGAGUGCUCACGUAUAUCAGUGUUACAGGCCCGGAGUUCCCAGGCGAGAAGGGUUUAGUUAUUCCGGAUGUGAUAUAUGUCCAUGACUUAGAGCUUCCCAGUGACGUUAUCCCGAAGCCAAAUGACGAUGAGGUGGAGACUUUCUACAGUAUGACGGUUGAGGAGGUGCAGAAGGCGUUGUUGAAUGGAGAGUUUAAACCGGAUACGGCGGCGGUGUUGAUUGACUUUUUUAUUCGGCAUGGGGUUAUAAAUCCGGAGAAUGAGAGGGAUUAUGUGGAGAUUAAUAUGCGGUUGCAUCGUCGAUUGCCGUUUAGAACGCCUUAGAAUUACGAGGAUGGGGGUUGAAGAACAGUGUUGAAAAAAUAGAGCGGCUUUACGGAUGACGAAAAGAUAUGCAGUUGUCUAGACAUAUUAGACACGGAGACUAGAGAGGGAUAUGCUUGCUGAAAUUAUUAGAAGCUCUGUUAAGAUUAUUGGCGGCCCGUCCCAACAUUAAGAAUUCAAGCCAAAAGUGUGGCAGAGUCACCUACGAUCCAACCGUAGAACUUACAGAGACAAAAACAAUCUACGGCGCACAUUUGACUACGAUGCAUCAGAGCCUGAAGUAUCACGAGAUAGAAGA